UAUUUUAUGCCAUCACACAAAAAUAAAGAAAGUGGAGCUGCUGAUUGAAUUUGGAAGUGCUCUCUGAUUCCACAAACGUGAGACUCAGACAACAAAUUCGAUCAAAAUCCGUUGACCAUGUCCGUUUCUUUCCCGCGUUUAUCAAAUAAAUAAACAUUCCGAUUUGAUUCUUUAUUCUUUGCUCUGCGCCAACUUCAUCUCUUUCUUGCUCAAUUCACCUAACUUCUGACCCAUUCAAUUCCCUCUCAUCAACUCCAUCUUACCUUUUCAACUCCCUCUUUGUCUCUGUCUCUCUAAAGGGCCUCUUUUCUCUCUCAUGUCUUCGCCUCCUACCAUUAUCAGCCAUGCUAGCCACCCGCUUUCUCCUGCUCUUUGCGCUUCUGCCAAUCUGCCUCUCCCAAACUCUCAGAGGAGGUGUGUUGAUUGACUGUGGUGCUGAUGUUGGAUUGACGAUCCGCGGCUUGGAAUGGCUGCCGGAUUCCGGCUACAUAUCAGCCGGGAGUUCCAAGAUCGUUGCAGCAGAGGGGCUGACUGAGACACUCCACACCGUCCGAUCAUUCCCUCUGCAAAACAACGUUUUCAAGAAGUUCUGCUACGAGGUUCCUGUCGAUAGGACGAGGAAAUACUUGGUUAGGACAACAUACUACUAUGGUGGAGUGAAUGGCAAUGCUAAUCCCCCUGUGUUUGAUCAGAUCGUGGAUGGGACGUUGUGGAGUGUGGUGAACACAACCGAGGAUUAUAUGAGACAGGAAGCUAGUUACUACGAAGGUAUCUUUAUGCCCACGGGGAAGAAUCUGAGUGUGUGUGUGGCUGGGAACACGUAUACGGAUUCAGACCCUUUUAUAUCUGCUCUUGAGGUUGUGCUUUUGUGGGAUCAGUUGUAUAAUUCCACAGAUUUUAGGUCUAAUGCUUUGAGCUUGGUGGCUAGGCAUAGCUUUGGAUACGAUGGACCUGUUUUUGGAUAUCCCGACGAUCAAUUCAAUCGCUACUGGGAGCCGUUUGGAGCAGACGCGUUUCCCCUAUCAAAUCCGCAAGAACUUGCCGUUUCUGGCAUCUGGAACCUUCCUCCUCCGAAAGUGUUCCAUACACGGCUGUCAAAGAGCCUGGUCGAGCCUCUGACGCUGCCUUGGCCCCCGGGCCCUCUACCGGGCGGCGUAAACUACUACAUUGCUCUUUACUUUGCUGACGAUCAUGCCUCCGAUUCAAACAACUCGAGGGCGAUGGACAUAACCAUAAACGGCGUCCCUUAUUACAGUAACUUGAUUAGAACUCCGGUUGGCCUUGUUGUGUUCUCGAACCAGUGGCCCCUUGCCGGAUUUACGAAUCUGACUUUGACUCCUGCACCCGGCUCGACUGCCGGCCCUCUGAUCAACGCUGGAGAGGUCUAUCAAGUGCUCCCUGCUGGAGCGAAGACUCUCCCCCGCGAUGUGAUUGCUAUGAUAGACUUGAGGACGCGUUUCCACAACCCUCCGGCUGAUUGGAGAGGCGACCCGUGUCUGCCAAGUCGAUACACAUGGACCGGAGUCACUUGCUCCUACGGACCUAGAAUUCGUGUCGUCUCUUUGAAUCUGACGAGCAUGGGGCUAUCCGGAUCGAUCUCACCGAGCAUUUCUAGGCUGACUGCACUCUCUACAAUCUUGCUGGGAAACAACAGCUUGUCAGGAACCAUUCCAAACCUCAGUUCAUUAAAAGGACUGCAGAUUCUGCAUCUGCAGGACAAUCGACUCGGUGGAACGAUCCCUCCGUCGUUGGGGGACCUACAGACCUUACGCGAACUCUUCUUGCAAAACAACAACCUAACGGGUCGCGUUCCGAUCAACCUCGCCGGAAAACAAGGAUUGAAUCUGAGGUAAGCGUCUAACGGCGGCCCAUCAUUGCCUUUCUAUCGCUCCUCGUGUGAUUAAUCGACACGUCUCUUUUCCUCUUUUCCUACGCAGUUAUACCCCCGGGAAUCCGUUGCUGGUUCCGCCACCGUGAGAUGGUCCACUCCACCAACCAGUCGCCUCCGGUGACAACUCAUGCAAAGUUCAAAUGACAAAAAGAAUGUACAUCAUUUUUAUUUUAUUUUUUUGUAAAAAAAAAAUUAAUUGUUUGUAUGUUUUUUCUAUUAUGAUGUUUUGGAGCAUAGUUUUAGGGUUGUCAACCAUGUUUUUGAGCACAUAAUUAGUAGACUUCUCCAUCAACUAUGUAACUAUUAAACUGCGACGGAAUUAACGACGAAAAACGGGUCGUCGCUUUUAGCCCAUAAAAGUCCUAAACAUAACACUUUUGUCUCGUGAUAA